AUGGUCUCUGCUUCUCCUCCACUUCCAAAGGAAGUUCCAUCAGAUAACAAGUGGGAAGAAAAUGGCCCUCCAAGAGAAGCCAAAUGGUGGUACUCAACUUUUCAUACUGUCACAGCCAUGGUUGGUGCUGGUGUUCUUAGCCUUCCUUAUGCCAUGGCAUAUUUAGGAUGGGGACCUGGAACAGUGGUGAUGAUCUUGUCUUGGUGUAUCACAUUAAAUACAAUGUGGCAGAUGAUACAGCUGCAUGAGUGUGUUCCUGGUGUUCGAUUUGAUCGAUAUUAUGAUCUGGGAAGGCAUGUUUUUGGACCAAAAUAUGGGGCCUGGAUUGUGCUUCCUCAGCAGCUGAUUGUUCAGGUUGGUUGUGACAUUGUGUAUAUGGUCACAGGAGGAAGCUGUCUCAAGAAAUUUGUGGAGAUGGCAUGCACAAAUUGCACCAGAAUCAGAGAAUCAUACUGGAUUUGCAUCUUUGGUGGCUUGCAUUUCUUCCUUUCUCAGUUGCCUAAUUUCAAUUCUGUUACUGGUGUUUCUUUGGCUGCUGCGAUCAUGUCUCUGAGCUAUUCAACAAUAGCUUGGGUGGGAUGCUUAGGUAAAGGCAGGGUUGAAGAUGUGAACUAUGGAUACAAGACCACAUCUCCAGCUGAUUCGAUGUUUCGAGUCUUUAAUGCAUUGGGUCAAGUUACAUUUGCAUAUGCUGGUCAUGCUGUGGUCCUUGAGAUUCAGGCUACCAUUCCUUCCACACCUGAGAAGCCCUCAAAAGUUCCUAUGUGGAAAGGUGCCUUGGCGGCCUAUUUCAUCAAUGGCAUUUGCUAUUUCCCUGUCGCUUUUAUCGGAUACUGGGCAUUUGGCCAAGAUGUAGCUGAUAAUGUGUUGGUUGGACUCCAGAGACCUUCAUGGCUUAUUGCUGCUGCAAACUUGAUGGUGGUUAUCCAUGUCAUAGGCAGCUAUCAGGUUUAUGCAAUGCCGGUUUUUGAUUUAAUCGAGAGAUCAAUUGUGAAAAGGUCGACUGUUAUAUCUGGAGUGUGGUUAAGGCUUAUUGUGCGUUCUGCUUAUGUCGCAUUCACUUUGUUUGUGGGAGUCAGCUUACCAUUCUUUGGAGAUCUUCUUGGUUUCUUUGGUGGAUUCGGCUUUGCUCCGACUUCUUACUUUCUCCCUAGCAUCAUUUGGUUAAAACUCAAAAAACCAAGACGAUUUAGCGUCUCGUGGUUCGUCAAUUGGUCUUGCAUUUUCAUUGGAGUGUUCAUCAUGAUUGCCUCAACCGUCGGUGGGCUGCGGAAUAUUGUUGCUGAUGCUUCCACCUACAAGUUCUAUACAUAA